GCCAUCAUACGAGUUCCUGCGCGGUCACGAUUUUUUGCGACUUUCUCUCUUCUUGCCGCCAUGGAGAAAUACCAGAUUAUUCGCCGUUUGGGAGAGGGUGCCCAAGGUCGAGUCUACCUGGCAAAGGAGAAGAGGCGGGCUCAGUCAGCGUCUGUGUCCCGCUCUACGGCCGUGAUGGACAAGAGGAGCGAAGAAGAGAAGGCACCUCUGAGGAGGCAGAGAUGGGUUCUGAAAGUUGUGAGCCUUCCGUCCGCCCAGAAGGAGCGUGAUUUGUGCUUCAUSGAAGCCUCCACGUUAAUGGCUCUAUCUCAUCCGUACAUCACGAGUUGCAAGGAGAGCUUUGYCAUUGAUGGAAACUGGCUCUGCAUUGUUAUGGAGCAUUGCAGAGGAGGAGACCUACGGACAAGGAUAAAUAAAAGAAAAGAGCAGAGCCUGAGGUUCKYAGAGGAACAAAUUAUCGAUUGGCUCGCACAAAUCGCGCUGGCUCUGGAAUACUUGCAUGACAACAAGAUCAUUCACAGGGACCUCAAGUCAGAGAACAUCCUCCUCUGCACUCCAAGGCGUACCACAUUUUCUCAGGAAGAGCACCCACAUCUAAAGCUUGGGGAUUUUGGCAUAGCACGCGUCCUGGAGUCAACACAUGCUUGUGCCCAAACUUUUGUGGGAACUCCAUUUUAUAUGUCACCUGAGCUCUAUCUCGGGGAACCUUAUGACCAGAAAUCAGACAUAUGGGCUUUAGGAUGCAUUUUGUACGAGAUGAUAUGUCUGAAGCAUCCUUUCUCAGGUGGGAGUGUGAGAGAGCUAGCUGUACACGUCACGCAGGAAACCUGUGACAUCCCACUUGAUUUGUACAGCAGUGAACUUACAACACUCCUCAGUGAAAUGUUGGAUAAGGUGCCCCAAAAGCGACCAGCCGCUCGCUGUAUUGCCACUCAUCCAUUGAUCAGGGACAGGGCUGCAUAUUUCCUCUCCCAGUACAAACAUACAAGUUCURAAACGUCUGUCAUGGAAGCCAGCGUGAUCUUUCAGAGUUCUUGCCUAGCUGCAAUCAAUCGGACGAUCAGAGAGCAAGCCAUACGGCUGGGUUUGGACCUGRCCAUCGUUUCACAGACAAUCGCCCGGAGCAGAAAUCUGGAGCUAUGUCCAACUCGCACAUCUGCGGAGAUAUCAUGCACAGUAGAAAGUGUAUCGAUGUCUKCUUCAAUGAAAUCGCGUGUGGUUCGGCCGCACGAGGCAGAAGAAGCUGGUUUCCAAUCUUCAAGGAUUUCUUCCCGAGAUAAGACCUGCUCGUCGUGGGAUGGGCACAUUGGAGGAACGAUAGUGGGUGCAGCGCAUGCGACUGCUUUUGACAGAGCCGUGAGCGACGUAACCAAUGCAGCUGAAGACUGUCCUUCGCCUGAAGUCUACGACAUCAAGAGGAUSAACAAGAAGUCAGACGAAAAGGGGAGAAGAAGAGACGCAGGCGAGAUAAUACAGCAAGUGGAGACAUUGGAGAAGGUCUUUGGAGGGUACAACUACUACAACGUCGAUGCCUCACCCGAUACGGAAGACACGAGUUCCGAGGUAUCCUCGGAUGCGAACGAUACGACACUGGACAAGGCGACUGGGUCGAUCCAGCAGAAGGCGAAGGGGCAUCAACUGUGCGGUGUUGCAGGCUCAGGCCGUCUUAUUCGGGUCCGUGGCACCCUGGGGAAGGCAGGACUGAGCUUCAUGCAGUACGCACGUAAGAAUAGGGCUGGAGCGCAGAAGGUAGGAGGGAGGCCUUGUCCGCAGUCAGCCUCCACAUGUGGCAUCUCGGCCAUCUGGCCGAUGUAUAACCGUUACAGACGGCUGAGCUUCGGCGGGCUCUUUCCAAGACUCAGGUGGUCGAAUGGGAGCCUGCGCCGGACUCCAAAAGAGCAAGCCAUCAAAGCGACCAAUCAACCGAUUAUCGGCGGUGGAGCUAUGCCUCCUGUCUUGCCAUCGAACGGGGGUAGACAAAGAUGGGAGGGCGGAAGCUCUGCAACACAUUCACUCGUGAAAAUCCAGGAGACGGAAAAAGCAGACGACGCGGAAGUCGUGGCGGGUGCGAUGAGGACCAUGGCACCGGCGCAACUAGUUCUGAACGGCCUGAGGGAAAUGAAGGUGACACCGGGGCCCUCGGCUCCUGGAAAACGGGUUGCAAGAAUGGGACCACAUGGCGAGCAGAGGUCGCCGUUUGCAGCGAAAGACAACGGACGAAUAACAAGGAAAUCAUCAGCAGCUAGCGAUGAGCUGAGAGCGCUAGUUGUCCGCUGCCAGCAAGCUCUAACGGAGGGGCGCAUUUCCAAGGCGUCCAUCAAAGCGCCAAAGUCACGGAUCAGCUUUUCUCAGCCUUCCUCGUUGCCAUCCGAGCGCCACUCAAGCCGUUCCGAAACGAAAACACCGAUAAAGCCAAUGGAGAACAUCGGCAGCUCAAUAGCUCUUCCGGGGGUGCAGUCGCGCUCACCAUCAGAACGCGAGGCGCAUCAGGGGUCACCGCUACAUCAGAGCGAUCGCCGCUUCAACAGAGUAACUGGAGCGGAUGAGGUCGGAGGACAAAGGUGUGUUUGUCAUCAAGACCUUGGUUCGAGAAUGGGCGUCGAGGUUGGAACGACUCCGUCGUUGCAAUCAAGUGCGAAAACCUCCGCCAUGACCGGUGCGGGUGAGAGGGUCGUAAGCACAGGCAACGUCCUUCGUCGGCGACGUAGCAAAGAAGCAUUGCAGACACCCUCGAAGCUCCCGGGACUAUGGUCCCCACGCAAAGGCAUCGUGCGAAAACCUCUCCAUGAAAUUCAUGCCGAGGCACGAGAACGUCAAUGCAAGCUUCGUGGCAAACGUGGCUGAAGGAGGACAGGUUUACCGUCGCGUUUUGUCG